GGCGGCGGCGGCGCGGUGCGGCGCGACUCAAAAGUCGGAGAGGGCGGCCGCGGGCGCCGCCGCCUCCUCCUCCAUGACUGUUUACCCGGCUGCAUUGUGGGAGUUUGACCUUCGCCGCCAACCGCCGCCUCAUCUCGCGCCGCCGCCGCCGCCGCCGCCGCCGCCGCCGCGCACGCCAUGGGAGCCGUGACUGACGACGAAGUUAUAAGGAAACGUCUUCUGAUUGAUGGAGAUGGUGCUGGGGAUGAUCGGAGAAUUAAUCUCCUCGUGAAAAGCUUCAUUAAAUGGUGCAACUCUGGAUCCCAAGAGGAAGGGUAUAGCCAGUACCAACGCAUGCUGAGCACUCUGUCCCAGUGUGAAUUUUCAAUGGGCAAAACAUUGCUGGUAUAUGAUAUGAAUCUCAGAGAAAUGGAAAAUUAUGAAAAAAUAUACAAAGAAAUAGAAUGUAGUAUUGCUGGAGCACAUGAAAAAAUUGCUGAGUGUAAAAAGCAGAUUCUUCAAGCAAAACGAAUACGAAAAAAUCGACAAGAAUAUGAUGCUUUGGCCAAAGUGAUCCAGCAUCACCCAGACAGGCAUGAGACACUGAAGGAGCUAGAGGCUCUGGGCAAAGAAUUAGAGCAUCUCUCACAUAUUAAAGAAAGUGUUGAAGAUAAGCUGGAAUUGAGGCGGAAACAAUUUCACGUUCUUCUUAGUACCAUCCAUGAACUUCAACAGACAUUGGAGAAUGAUGACAAGCUGUCAGAGGUGGAGGAAGCUCAAGAAAGCACCAUGGAAGCAGACCCUAAGCCAUAGAUGGGCUGACCGUCGCCAUUUACAGGGACAGCGAAUAGCUGCAUGGGCUUCCUGGGUUCAGUGUGUUGUACUUUUGGGAUAUUUCAAUUUCAGCAUUGAAGUACUUUGCUUUCAAGUAUUCGUGUCAUUCAUAUUUCUUCACAGAACGGAAAUGUAUCCCAUAUAUAUGUAUUUUUUAAAUACAUUUUUAUCCUUAAACAUAGAAAUCAGCAUCUGAAAAUAUUUAAUAAAAUGUCUCAAGGUGGA